AUGGACCUGCCCCAACAACUAAGCAAAGGCCGGUCCUCUUUCUCGUCCACGGAAGCUCCGUGUUUCCGACGCAACUCGUUUCUCUCUCGCAGCAUGAUUGACCACGAAAAGGCGUCUGUAUACGAGUCUUUUAGCUUCUUCCAUGAUACUCCGCAACAAAGCAUCAUUUCGCUUAAGGAAUGCCAGGGUUUUAUCUUCAACCAGAACCUUUUUGCUACUCCGUACCAGCAACUGCGUUCUGCAGCCAAAGAAAAACGCUUGCGUGCUUUGAGUUUCUCCAAAGUCAAGUCUAGAACUACUAGCGAGACAGAAGUGGAGAAACAGAAAGCACGCAGACACACGUCACACGAACUAAAACCACAUUUCCAGUGGGGAAGUAUCGGAAGCGACGUGGCUGUGGAAGAUGAUCUGAUGGAAGUGGACUCUGGCGAUCAGGCCACAAAAGAAGACGAGUUGAAACACAACGAAGCGGAUGAGCUAAAACACAGCGAGGAGGACGAAGAAGACUUGGAAGACGACAAUAUCGAUGAGCUCGAUGAGUACGAGGAAGCCGAAUACGGUCUGUUUGCAGUAGUCGAGGUAACAGACAUUUUAAUCGACGAAAAAGACCAGGACUAUCUUCCGAGCAAGGACUGGGAUUGA